CAGUCCCUUUCAGAUUCACCUAAAUCCCAACGAUUAGAAUACUUUUCAGGCUUCAUGUUCGACGAACUUUUCGCGUCUGAUAGUUGAUCACAUUCAAGAUUGCAAGCGGUCAUCUGAGCACUCGAACAUCCCCAGGCUCCGGGGUUUCGAAAGAUCCAUACCACAGACUGAAUUGCAACCGAGUGUCCAUGGCCAGGAACUGCUAGUCCCAACAAAGAUGCUUCAGCGCAAUCUGAACGCGAACUUAAGUGCUGUGGGGUAGUAGACCAGCAGGCAGGACUCUCUUCCAACAUGUCCAUGCCCCGACUUCUCAAGAAGCUGAGCUCUAAGAGCCUGCACAAGCAAUCCUCCUCGACGUCGAGCGCGGCAAGCGUCCCUCCUCUGCCGCCCAUCCCAGCGGCAUCUGUAGCAGCUCCCCCAGAACCACAGGACGCCCUCUCGAAGAAACUGAACGACGCAUGGGCAUCCGCAUCUGCCGACCCAAAGGCCAACAAGGCAGACCAGAUGCUCAAAAAGGUCGAGGAAUCGGUGACUGGCGCGAUGGAUGACAGCGCACAGCCCGUCGCAUUCGUGCAGGGCGUCGAGACAGGGCUGGAUGCCGUGGGCGCGAUGCAAGUGAUCGAAAAGGGGCUGAACACGUUCAUGGAGGGGAUGCCGGUGCUGAUGAGCGCGUUGGAUGAGGUCGCGAAGCUACAUCCGUUCAUCGGAGUCGCGGUGAUGGCGUUCAAGGCGGUUUGGGCGUUGGAACAGAAGCGGAGGGACAACGACAGGAAGAUUGUCGCGUUGCAUAUGGAGAUGAAAGAUAUGAUGGGGGCUCUUCUGCAGAUGAGAAAUGUGAAGGACGCUGAUCAAGUGGCACCCGACGGGUCGACUAUCAAAGGUAGAGUGCAAGUUAUCGCCAAAGAGACCGCGGACGACAUCAAGGCCUGUGCCAAUGCAUGCGACACAUACAUCAAGAAGAAGCUGAUCGUCAAAAUUCUGAAAGGUCCAAUCUGGGACGGGAAACUGGUGGCAUUCGCAGGUACAUUCACCAAACGCCGGUCCGAAUUCGAAUUCGCGCUGUCUAUCCACACUGCAGUGGGUGUUGAUGUGGCAACUAAACUCAUCGGUGCGGUCGAUCACACGACGACGGCGAUGAACGCGAAGAUGGACAUGAUGCUGCAGCUGUUCAAGAGUUUAAUGACGCCUGAGCAGGAGGAAAUGGCUCGUAUGAUCGACAGAAGAGGCGGACAGGAUUCGGUUGUGCGCAGUGACAGAGCUCUUCAGGAGCUCAGUGUUCUCGAGGAGAAAAUCACGGGUAGCGGCGAGCCAACUCACGUCCGCAGGGCUUAUGGCCUGGACGACCUCAAAGACGAGUUGGAGUCAGAUCCACAGCUUGCCAUCGACGCGAACAAGGACGCAUUUUCUCGCAAGCUCGAUGUGCAGACUCGUCAAAUCAUUGAUGAUCUCUCCAAAGUCAUUGAGCGCGAAGGCGAUCGAGUUAUCAGUGCCAUCAAUGCCGGUCCGCACGAUAGAAUAAUCGAUCCGAAUGUCUAUGCGGUCUGGAAAGACAUGGGAUGGCGGGGUAGUGUGAAGACACGCCAUUUCGUGAUGGCGCUCCGCGAUCAUUUUCAAGAGCAAGUCGGUCAAGUCAAUCGCACUGAAGCCGACAAAGCAGAUGCAUGGGCACUUGAGUACUUUAACGUGCUCUGUCUGCAGCCCAUCUCCGAAGCAUUUGAUGACGACGCUUCAGGCUUUGUCACUGUCUCAGAGGCAAACGAGUUCACCGCAUCGCGACCGUUGGGUUGGAGUCUCCCCCGAUGGAUCGCGUACUGGGCUGCUGGCCAUCACCAGACGAUUCAGACGUAUAAAGACAAGAUCAACUUGAUCACCGCGAAGCUGUACGGAAUUCUCCCGCACAUCCUGCCUGCGAACAAGUCUGCUGUGAACCAGUACUUGACGACCAUUGAAUGGAGUGUCAUGACGGUUGUCGGCUCUCUGGAUACGUGCUCUCCGCAUCUGUCACUCCAGAAAAAGUUUGAAAAUUACGUGAUUAUGGAGGAAGCAAGGCUUCGAGGUUGGAUCUGCCACUUGUCGUCUGUGGAAAAGCGACUCACUGCGUAUCGUGCAGCCAAUCUAGAAGCGAUUAGAUAUGAUAUCGACGCGGAAAGCACUCUAAAACUCAUUACGGGCAAGGGAUGUAUCGAGAAAUAUCUCUUCCCCGUAUUGUUCCUCCUACUCGAAAGGCACUUGGAGAUCUUCCGAGUAUGCCAGACUCAUGUCGUGCAUCCGGAUGAGCUGUGGGAUGCUGCUGACACUGUGAUUUACGUUUUUGACGCCGUCAAAGCCCGGUUAGACGAUCUUCAGACGAUCUUCAAGCAACAGAAACUCGAUCUUCAACAACAAUUCAAAUCCUUUUCCUUUGCUCUUUUCAGAUACCUCAACGAACCCACUCUAUUUUGGGACGAAAAGCUUGUCCAAGACAGCCAGUUUGAAGCCUACCAGUACGACGAAUCAGAGCAGUCAAAGUUGCCGGAGAUUUCUCAGAUCCUCAACUAUCCUCUUGGCGUAGAGGAGCUUGAUUUGGCGGCGUAUAGCAUUCCAGCCGCGAGAGGGCCGGGGGGAUCUGGAGUCUCGCUCGCCGGCUGCGAGAAGCUGUUCACAUCAACUUGGCACGGUUUCUUUUACCAGUCUUCAAACCCCCGAUACUCCUUGGCCGGGAUGGUCUCAUUCACUCUGCAGCCGAUAUCAUUCAACGGCGACGUUCAGUUCUUCUCAGCGUCAGAUCGUGCAAACGGAAUAGACUUCACUGUGGAAGGCGAAUGCCAUCUGUCGACGUUGAGACUCAAGUUUACGCGCUUUUUUUCAACGCGUCUGCCGCCGCACUACUAUUAUGGGACCUGGGAUCCAGACGCACAGAUCAUGUCCGGGACUCUGGGCCUUAGUGAUGACCCAGUGGACCAUAUGGCUACGUUCGUGUAUCGCCAGAUGGAUCCGCGGUAUCUCGCGCUCGCGCCAACUCCUGCCCAAUUGCAAGACGGCCGGUCACGCGCUCUGUGGAGGUUUGCCAUUGAAGCAGUCAGACAGGACGUGCAGAGAAGCCGAUGGGCAUGGUCCUACUUCAAAGGGCGUCGGGAUCAUAGACUACAGUUUGUGAAGCUGUCGAUCCGGAGUGGCGGAGGAACAACCAAUAUCCCCUACGGACCAUCUCUAACCAAGGCAGAGGUCGUCUCUUUUUCUCUUCUGAAGCAGCGGAUGACCUCUGCCGACUCGCGAUUCUAUCACUCACUCGUGGAACAAGAGUACCGUCACAUCGUCAGCCACCGGUUCAGCAUCUGUGACACCUGCCGCACCGUCAUCGGCGGCGCGCGCGUUAUCUGUCUGGAGUGUCAGACGAAGGAGAACAACAAAUGGAAUACGAUCGACCUGCACGAAGUUGAAGAAUGCAUUGCUGGACGGGUGAUGCGAGAAGACAUGGACAAACCACACUUGCCGCACCACGACCUGCUCAAAGUCCGGCAUGUGCUGCAUAGACGGCAGUUCGGAAACACGUAUCGGGCCGCGAAGGCAGCUGUUGGACAAGCGCGAGUUCUCCUGGCCAGCUCGACUCCGCCUGCUCGGUGCCGCCUGUGCAAGCAAGCCGUCGUACAACCCUGCUGGUUUUGUGUCCAGUGCCCAGAACCCAGCUUCAUCUGCUCCGGAUGCGAUGCGAAAGGCGACACGAAGUUGGACGGACAUUCGUUCUACGACCACGAUCUUGUGCGGGUGCAUGAGAAGGAAGAGGCGCCGGUGCUCACUGUCGAGGAACGCUUGUCAGAGCUCGAAACCAAGCUAUCAAUGUACCAGCAAUCUGUCGAGGAGCGUCUGCGGGGACUCGAAGGGAACAUGGGCGAGGUCACAAGCUUGUUGAAGCAACUACUCGCGGAAGUAAGAACGGGAGCGGUAUCAAAUUAUACUAUUGCCCUGGCAAAACCCCAGGACCACUCGGAAUCGUGAUGUUUAGGUCGAUCACUGGAUGAAUC